AUGGCGCGUUGUCCUUGGGCAUCGUCAUAUCUUUCACCCCCCUUCCGAAUCCGCAACGAUGCUAGGGGGUGGUUUAUCACUCUUUCCGACGGACAGUGCCAUCGGUACCACACCCAGCGGAGCGACCCUCAUAUCUUGGGGCGUCCCUUCCGUCGGACAACACCUGGCGUCCUAUGCUAUAUAUAUGACAAGCGAACGACAGCUUAUAGCGUCAAAACGUGUGCCGACGGCACUCCCGUCGGAAAGCAUGGUCAGGUAUGUUUAAAAGGCCGUUCGAGUAUAUGGAGUCCUUCGCCGCAUCUCACUACGACCUCUACCACAGACUCCUUUUUUGUGAAGAAUAUUCGCAGCAUGGCCGAGACCGACCGUUUGGGCACCUUGCGAGCUGAAUUCGGAGCGCUUCCUCUGCAGGAUAUCAUGUUUUACAAUCUAGAUGACGCUGAGAGUGCUUUCUUCAAAUCUCAGACCGGCAUCACAGACGACGAACAGUUAAAGAAGCAUAUUGUGGAGGCCCAAGAAGAGGCGUUCAAGGUCUAUCCGUACCCAUGCAUCCGUCGCUUUGCAUUCACAAAGUUGAAGAUAUCUCGUCUUUUCGCGUACGAUGCGCUUCUCGAGCUAGGUAAGAAAAGGGAAGGCGCAAUACUCCUUGAUAUAGGUUGCUGUUUCGGGAACGAUGUCCGUAAGGCUAUUGCAGACGGAUACCCGGUCCAAAACGUUAUCGCAUCUGACUUGGAGAAAGACUUUUGGACCCUAGGGUACAAGCUAUUUCAAGACACGCCCGAAAGCUUCCCCGUGCCUUUUAUCCCGGGUGAUGCGCUCAACCCUUCCCACCUCAAAGUAGUGCCCCCGUUCGUGGUUACUACAGCGCCCUCUGGGCCAGCGCCGGAUCUUCAGUCUCUGACCUCUUUGAACCCGCUCCUCGGGCGAGUCUCAGCCAUACAUGCGUCCUCGUUCUUCCAUAUCUUCCCAGAAGAGGGGCAGCUUCAACUCGUCAAGGCAUUCGCUGGUCUCCUUUCUCCGGAGCCCGGAUCCAUGAUUUUCGGACAACAUGGGUCGAACACGGUAAAGGGGUUGAGAGGACCUAUCUCCAAAGGAAUUUUUAUGUUCUGCCAUUCACCCGACAGUUGGAAGAAGCUCUGGGAGGAAGAGGCUUUCGAGAAGGGCACGUUCAAAGUUGAAGCGACAUUGGAGGAGGUGGCGAGGCCAGACGGAACGGCAUUACUGCCUGGACAGACUCAAACCAGUCAAUUAAUGACCUGGUGUGUUACUCGGAUUUGA